UGUGUGCGUGAGUUUUGCAGAGUCGCGAGACGACAAAAUCAUCCGCGAUUAUAUUUGCAAAUUUCUGGCUUUAUUCUCGAUUGUGAUAGUAAUGUGAGUGAUAAGGGAGAUUCCUUGAUUAGUACACUGCGUGUGGGAGCAAUUCAGGGCGCGAGAGCGAGAGAGAGACAAACAAAAGGGCCCCAAACCCGAUGAGGAGGCGCUAAAAAUGCAGAACAACAAUGUGAAGAAGGAGACUUUCCAGUUGCUCCAGUACUCGGACGACUCCAAGAGUCUGUCGGAUCUCGAGCUGACGGAGAUUGUUGUGCCAAGGAAGAGGAAAGUCCGCAGGAAAACAAAGUCCAAGGGGGGCUAUAAGCAGAAGCAGCCACCGCCGCCAGUGCCGGUGGCCUGCAAGAACCUGGGCCUGUGGAUUUCCAUUGUCACGACGUGGUGCUGGCUGCUGAUCCUGUCCUACAUCAUCGCCGUGGUGAAUACGGGCAAUCGGCAGCUGGACAGGCAGCUGCAGAAGGUCUCCGCCACCACACAGAACGUGCCUGGGGCGCUGCAGGAGUGGCACGAGACGUCCCAGUACUUAGAGGCCAACCAGACGGCCCUCAUCUCCAAGAUGCAGGACGUCCAACAGACGCUGAAGAACUUCACGGAGGAGGUUGCUCAGCUGAAGACGCAGGUGCACAAGAAGGCCGAAGUGCCGGAUGACAAUGAGAAGAUGGCUGUCCUUCAGACCAGUAUUGCGGAUUUCGGAGCGAAAAUCAAGGAUUUAUCCACGGCUGUUGAUGAUCUCAAGGAUCGCGUGACGAGAGUGCAGCAAGAGGUGCACAAUAACACCAAUUUCAAUCAUCACUUGCAGGAGAUAUCGCUGGAGAGAAGAGUGAACGACACGAUGGCCAAUCUCAAUAGUUCUGGGCCGCAGCAGAUGGGCAAUUUGGCCAAUUUCACUGCGGAAUACUCAGACAAGCUGGUGCGCAUCAAUGAUACGCUGAAUGCCAUCAACAAUGUCCUGAGUCAGAAGAUCAAGAGCAUCGAGGAGGAUGAGACGAAUUCCAAGAAAAAAAUCGAUCGCCUGUCCGACAGUGUGUCCAACACGUCUUCGCACGUGUCGUCCAUCGAGGAGGAUUGGUCCAAGUACAAGCAGGACGUGAAGGAGCUCGAGACGACGCGCGUCGCGACGGAGACGCGCCUCAGCAAGCUGGAGAACGUGACGGACAACUUGAUGAGGAGUCUCGAGAGCCUUCGCGGCGAGGCGCGAACGCAGAGCGAUCGAUUUACCAAAGAUAUUGCAAUGCUUCAGCAGCAAAUUCAGCAACUUGCUUCAGCACAGGAAGAACUUAAAUUACCUUCACCGCCGGCGAAAGCAGGACCACAACAGCCAUCCACACCACAAGUAGCGAACACAGUUGCCUCGUCAAAUUCAAGUAGCUCACUCAACAUCGAAAAGUAGUUUGGUUUACAGACGGUUUAGAGGAUUUAGUGGGUGAUUUUUUGCGAUAGGAUUCUAGGAUUAACACGUGUGAUGACGGAGUGUGUGCAGAGAAGUGCACUCGCAUAUUGUUCUGCUCGUUCGAGGAGUAUUUCUUAAUAUGCCUUGACUCGAACGCGUAGGCGUUCUUGAAAGAGAGAUAGAGAGAAAGAGAGAACGUGAAGAGUUUUACUGUUCCAGUUUAUUUAACAUCUCUUUAACCCUGUAGUAGUUUCAGCGUAGAGACUUUUGAUUUUGUGAUUUUACGGUAAUGCAAGUGUUUUGGGCGGGUGUUUAGAGAAGAAGAGUGCUAAAUUUACCAAGGAGUAUUGAGUCAAUUUUAUUUGCCACUAGACAUUAUUUAAAAUAUAUAUUAUAAAAGUAAAUUCUUUUAAGGUAAUAAAUUCAGAGAUGAAUUUGAUGAAAUGCA